AUGCACGUUCGCAGUCAAUGGGGCAAGUUUCUGGGAUUUAUGGUUACUAGAAAUGGGAUAGAACCAAACACAGAAAAGGUAAAAACCAUUCUGGACAUGGAACCCCCGCGGUCCAUCAAAGAAGUCCAAAGACUCAAUGGUCGCUUAGCGGCUUUGGGUCGAUUUCUAUCUAAAUCGGCCGAACGAUCCCUUCCCUUCUUCCAGAUACUAAAGAAGAAUAAGGGGUUUGAAUGGACCCCAGAGUGUCAGUCGGCCUUCGAUGACUUGAAAAAAUAUUUGCUACCCCCGCCACUGCUUGCAAAACCAGAGGCGGGUGAAACCUUACUCUUAUACCUGGGUAUAUCACAGGGUGCGAUCAGCUCCGUGUUGGUCAAAGAGGAAGGAGGGACUCAGCGUCCCAUUUACUAUGUGAGCAAGGCUUUACAUGACGCAGAACUACGGUACACUGCCGUGGAGAAAACAGUGUUUGCUGCGGUCACCGCCUCUAAAAGGUUGGCCCAUUACUUCCAAGCUCAUCCCAUCCAUGUACUCUCACAUCAACCAUUAGGGAGUUUCUUACGAAACACUAACUCUGCUAGGAUGGCCAGAUGGGUCAUGCACCUCAGCCAGUUCGACAUUGAAUUCAAACCAAGGCCCGCCAUCAAAGGUCAAGCCCUUGCAGACUUCAUAGUGGAAUGCACAGCCCGCGAGGUGACGGAGCAGGUGGAAAAUGAAGAUGGGGGAUGGUGGACCUUGUCUACGGAUGGCUCAUCCAACAGUAAAGGUUGCGGUGGUGGAGUAGUGCUCAUCACUCCGGAAGGAUUCCGCGCUUACUAUGCAAUCAGGUUCCACUUCAAGUUAUCUAACAAUGAGGCAGAGUAUGAGGCCCUCCUCAACGGACUGCGGUUAGCAGCAGGACUACGAGCAGAAAAAGUUCGCAUCCGGUGUGAUUCCAAGUUAGUGGUCGGCCAGGUGACGGGGGAGUACGAAGCCAAUGAAGGGAACAUGCAAAGAUACAGGGACGCAGUGCUGCGAACCUUGCGAGAAUUCGAGGGGUAUGAAAUUCACCAAGUACCUCGAGAACAGAAUGCUGACGCUGAUAUGCUCUCCAAGCUGAGCACUGGGAUCCCUGGUCACAUUCGCAAGAUUGCUCGGGUUGAGGAUUUGGAGACAUCCAGCAUCGAUAUCUCAUGGGUCUGCCCCGUGCAAUCCAGAGAGCCAUGUUGGAUUGACCACAUCACAAAGUACAAGAAGGAUGGCACUUUACCAGUGGACGAGCAAGAUGCAAAGCUAACAAGGUUGCGGGCACCCAGCUACGUGAUAUUGGAAGACAAGUUAUACAAGCGAUCCUAUAAUGGCACACUCUUGAAGUGUGUAUACCCUGACGAAGCAGAAUUAAUUAUGAGAGAAGUCCACGAAGGAGUAUGCUCCGCGCAUCAAGGAGCAUACACCAUAGCUCGACGCAUCAUGCUGCAAGGUUUCUUCUGGCCAAAGAUGUUGAAGGAUUGCGCAGAAUACGCCAAGCGAUGCCCUAAGUGUCAAGAAUUCCAGACAUUGCCAGGACGACCCGCGACCAACUACACUCCGGUGAGCACAGCAAUUCCAUUCUCAAGAUGGGGAAUAGAUUUGGUGGGAGCCCUGCCCACGGGCUCGGGAAGCCGGAAGUACAUUAUCGUGGCCAUUGACUACUUCACCAAAUGGGUGGAAGCUGAACCUCUGGCUAGCAUCACAGCAGCCAGGUGUAAAAAGUUUGUAGAGAAGAACAUACUAUGCCGCUUCGGCAUCCCCAUCCAAGUAAUCACUGACAACAGACGUCAAUUCGAAGGCAGAGAGUUCUCAGACUUUUUGACGGGAUGGGGCAUCAAGCACAGCCGGGUGGCGGUGUCAUACCCACAGGCGAAUGGUCAAGUAGAGAAUGCCAAUAGAACCAUCCUUGAUGGUCUGAAGAGGAAAUUGGAAGCAGCUGGGGGGGCAUGGGUUGAGGAACUGGACAGCAUCCUUUGGACCUAUCGCACAACCCCAAGGAGGGCUACUGGUGAAACUCCUUUCGCAUUGAGUUACGGGUUCGAAGCUCGAGCUCCAGCAGAGGUGAUGAUACCAAAUAGAAGGAUGGAAGAGUACGAGGCAGAGCAAAAUGAGAUCCAACAGGGAACCGAUCUCAAUUUCAUAGAUGAAAGGCGAGAAGUUGCGUUCUGUAGGAUGGAAAACUACAACAGGCAGUUGAAGUCCUAUCAUGACGCCAAAGCUAAACCCAGGUACUUUCAAGUAGCUGAUUAUGUUUUGAGAAGAAGAGAAGCCAGUCAACCCUUGGAAGGAGGCAAGUUCGCGAAAAAAUGGGAGGGUCCGUACAUCAUUGACGAAGUGAUUCGCCCAGGAACUUACAAGUUGACGACAGUAGGUGGCAGGUUGAUUGAUAGGAUAUGGAAUUCAGAACACUUAACAAAAUUUUAUCAUUAG